CUAACCAACGCCUUUCCAAAAUAGUUGUCCACGCGAAGGCCAUAAACACCUUUCCUUAUUCAACAGUUUUACGGUUCGAUCGCUGAGGCUGCUUCUGUGUACAGUUUCAGGUCUGACACACAGUGGCACAUGUUGAUGUACUUGUACAACAGUACAAGAUGGCUGGUAGCGGGAAUCUGUGGAUGUUUGCUGUCUGUGUAGUGGUUCUGCAGUCGGGCAGCGUUCAGGGAAAGACAACUACUGUGUACAUGGACUCGAAGGAAUCCUGCAGCUACAAGGUGCACCUGAACGAUGAGGACGUGUUCCACGUGGAGUAUCUUGACCGCAGCAAGCCUGACAAGAAUCUGACCGGUUACUUCCCAUGUUUCCAAGCUUUCAUAUCAGGCUCUCAGGUCGUCUGUAUCAACGAACAUAUUGUCCACUUCCACCGUUGUUCGCUGCGUCUUAAGUAUUACACCUUCGAUACCUCUCUGACGUAUGUCCCUGUCACAACAGACUACACUGCAGACAGGAUCCUAGACUGUAACACAGACACAACUGAGUGGUGUUCGAGGGAGGCUACGAAUGUGAAGAUCGUUCUUGAGACCACCCAGCCAGAUGCCAGUAUACAGGAUGUUAACUUCCUCAUGGAUGUCUCCAGAAUUACCAGUCAGAACAGAUUUGUCUUCAUGUUUAAUAAUUGUGGCACCAAGCACUACCUGAAGAACAGCCGGCUGCAUGUGAAGCUACUCGAUACCGAUGAUGCCACCAGCUGUGUUAAAACAUUCGGAUAUCGUGACGUGGACGACAGCACAAAGGCCGAGAUCUGUGUGACGUUUGAGGAGUGGCCCAGGGAGAACUCAUGCUCAUCAUUCGAACUGUUUAUGUACCAUGGGUCUCCUGAUGGAGGGGAUCUCAUAAAGAGUGUGAAAUGUUCUGAGGCAUCUCCAAAAGAUUUCUGUACUGAUGGAGAGGAGAUAUCCUUCAAGGCUAUCCGAACAGGCUCAGUGGACACUAAAAAGUAUGACUUCCACCUCAAGAUAUGGGACAAUCAUGACCUCAGUGAAGGUGGUUCAGGUCUGACCGCAGGAAACAUCGCGUUGAUUGUUUUAGGUGUCAUUAUAGUCCUUGUCCUCGUAGGUAUCAUCAUCAUGUGCAGGUAUGGUAAGUGUAAGGGGGGCGGGGGAGGUACGAGGUCUUGGUCCAUGCCGUCACUCCCUAGUUUUGAUGAUGACGAAUAGAUAUGACGUCACCUGUGAUGACUAGCAAUGGCGUGACCAUGACCUUGCUCCCCAGGUGCAUCGAUAAUAAGCUGCGUCAUUUCAAGGAUUAGAACUCAGCAGAGGCCAGAACAAUGUUGAUUGGUUAGAUUAAUGUGUGGAUUGAAUGUCAACAAUGCGUAGACAUUUAGUGUAUUGAAUGACAAUAUAUGCUAGAUCAGCAUGGUCAGUGGAUGUCAAUAACUGUAAAAUUUGUAUGUGAAACAGAUUACAAGAGUGAAAUAUUGACUGGACCACAGGGCUUGUAGUGCUAAAAACUGACAUCAAGGUAUAAAGUGAGUGAGUGAGUGAGUGAGUUUAGUUUGAAGCCACACCAAGGUAUGAAAACCCUGUUAGUGACAGUAUAUACCUUGAUGGCAGUUUUUAGCACUACAAGGCCCUGUGGCCUGGAUGACUUUUGUCACCAUAUCAGUCUGCAGAUAUUAUUUGUACCAAUUGCUUCAAGAUUUUGAAACUUUUAUCAUUGUUAUAUACAUGUACUUUGAUAGUUUUAUUGUUGGUUGUUUACAUUAUGCCCUGCUCAUAAUAUAUGCCAAUAUUCUUAUACAUUUGCAUUUACAUUAUAUUUAUGAAACCUGUCCACACAUGUACAGCCUGUGAUUAUGUACUACUCACAUUUCUGCUCAUGUGUACAUUAACCGACAUAUUACCUCUCGAGAAGCCUGUUUUAUCAUGACAGAAGUAUGAGAAAUUUACAUUUUUGGCCA